AUGUCCAAGCAAGUCUAUUUCUCAACAGGCCACGUUGACCACAGUCCAACCCCUAGUUUGGAAGAUCCAAGGUCACAUGCGCAGUUCUAUCAAAGCCAAGAACGCUUCUUUCCAGGUCCAAAAAACGAAGUCGUGGAAUCUCCCAUGGGCCAUUACGAUGUGGAUACCAACUUAGCUGAUGAAAAUGACCGACGAGAUACGCUUUUGGAGCUCUUUGAAGACGUUGAACAACUUGUUGCCUCACCUCAGACUCUCAACAAUGCCGCCCCUGCCCAGUCAGAGCUUGAACUCUCUGCCUCGUAUGAUCCUUUGCUUGUCACCCCUGGAGCUCCAUCUCUCCCUAGCGCACGACAUAAGAUCGCCAAACUACCCUAUCAUUUAUCAACAGAUCAUCAUUCAGCCAUCCUCUCACUCUCAAACCCUUUGACUUCAUUCGAAGCCAUAACCGAAGAUGGCAAUCAUACAAGCCUACUUGUACCUCCAAAGCGUCCUCACCCGUCAUCUCAUCAAGAGAGCACUCAGCCCAAGCGUUCCCGUCGACCGCCGCACGACAGCAGCUCCCCAAAGCCAUUUCAGCCUAUGGACGUCCCAUUUCAGCCUACGGAGGUCCCCUUCGAGCCUCAAAAACGUCCUCACAUAUCAAAUCACCCCGAGGAGUCAAACGCCAAGCGCUCUUGUAUACGGUCGAACGAUCAAAACAUAGCCCAAACUUCAGCAAAUGACUCUAUGCCACCGCCUCACGACAAUGCUACCCAUCAGGACCCUAGAGUGGGAGUCGAUGCAUCAACCAAAGAAUUACAACACCUCCCUCAAACACAUACUCAGACUAAUCGUACGCCUAUAACCCAACUUGCUGAUUCGCUAUCUCAAAACCAUGAUAAAACCAACAAUCUCACUUCGCCAGAAUCUCGAGAACCAAGAAGCAACAAUGACCCUUCACAUCUGAUACCAAACGAGGGUCUUCCAAUCAACUUGCCUCUCCAGUAUGUUCGACGAACUCCCACUCAAUCACGUACUCAUUCUCGAGAAUCCGCGACAACCAGUACUGGAGGUUCUCCUUUGAAUCCAGACCAUGUCCCAAGCUCUGCAAGCAAUUGUAAAAGUCCAAAUUCCACCAGUGACCUUCGACUGCCUGUCUCUCACAUCCAAAGGUCACCUUCAGCAUCAACUUUGUACAACCCGUCACUGUCACAGUCACUAAAGAGAUUUCAAACCCAUCAGCAGCCUGCAAAUCGACGUGACCCUGGCUACGAGGAACCUCAAAUUCCCUCAUCCUAUCCAACCUAUACACAUGCCCAGAUCUCUCCUAAAUCUCAUCCCGAAACCUCUCAAGAAUCCAUCAGGGGGGAAUCACAGCACCCACCUUCCGCGGGUCAUCAACGCCUGACUAGAUCUCUUAAUCUUCCCACUUCAUCGUCACAGCAUACCAGCAAAUCGAACGACACACCACGCGCGCGGUCUCAAGAAGCAUCACGACAGAGGUCUCGUAACCAAAAUCACGCAGAUGCUCUGGACUCUACGAGUCCAAAUCGUCCCAGCUCCUUGUCACCUGAUGUAACCUUCCGAUCCGCUCCUGCUAAUACUAAAAAUCUCCCAAAAGCAUUCCUCCUGCCAUCUCCAGAAGUAUCAAGAAGGAACAACAAAUCUCCCUUCUUGGAUCGAGGAUAUGUUGAAACCUCCUCCAGUCCCAUACAUAAUCCUUACAACAUAUCCAAUCCACCCUAUGAAGGCCCCUGCCGUGACGCCGGAACCCCCCCAAUCUUCUAA